AUGAGACAGCAGCACUGGUGUGGGAUGACCGCCAAAAUAGGCACCAUGUUAUCAGGGGUCUUUACCAUCAUGGCCACCGGCUUGUACCUCAUCUUUGAACAGAAAUACUUACAGGGAAGCAAUUGCACUGAGGUUACCUCGCAGACCAAGAGUACAGACAUCCUCAUACAACAGUUAAUCAUCUGCUGGAGUUGGACUAUCAUCUUCUUUCUGUCUUUCAUCACCAUCAUCAUCAGCUGUUUGCUCAUAUACUCAGUAUAUGCACAGAUUUACAGGGGCUUGGUGAUCUACAUCAUCUGGAUCUUUUUCUACGAAACUGUAAACAUUGUGAUACAAAUCCUUACCAACGACGCCUCUAACAUUGGAGAGGUCAGAAUCAUGCGCUGGUUUGGUUUAGUGUCCCGUAUACUGACGCACUGUUUCUGGAUGUUCUUUGUCAUCACCUAUGCCUGCGUGAUCUACAAGAAUCAAAGCCAGGGCAAUAUAAUUUCCUACAACAGACGUAUUUCUAUAGGCAGUGGAGAGUUCCCACGGCGGAAAUCAAAGAUAAUCAACUUUACCCACCACUAUACUGAGUAA